GUGCGUCCCCUUAAUGGCAAAAAAAAACAUUCUGGUUUAGACCUGGUUGAACCAGCAGCGUAAGAAGUUUCAACAGGCCUGAAAAACAAAGCCUACUCACAGAGUUGGUCUUCAGGGAUUCUCAGGCAGUUUUUCAUUCCCUUUGAAACUUGGUUAUAGGGAGGAAAUAAUGGCACAGAGAUUCUACUGGAGGUUUACAAUGCACAGCGAAGAUGGCGGGAAGUCUUUGAAUGGUUUCCAGUUUAACGCCAUGAAGAGGAAAUCCAGCCAACCUCAACCCCAUAAGACAAGGGGCGGAGUCAGUGUCAGUGCGCAUGACCCCACUGCCAUGACUGACUCGAAAACAGCCCCCCUCUCUCAGGUGCCCCGUCCAAACAGGCACCUGACCAUGACCAAGCACGGCGACGACCUCCUCAAGUUCCUGAACGAGGACCGAACCGAGCGAAGGUUCUGCGACGUGUCCGUCACGGUUGGCGGGAAACGCUACAGUGCCCACAAAGCGGUGUUGGCACACGGCAGCAGCUAUUUCCACGCCGAGCUGACCAAGAACCGGGCCGCCGACCACAUCAGCCUGGACCACGUGGAGGACUCCGUGUUCCAGCACUUGCUCUGCUUCCUCUACACGUCCAAGUGUGUCAUCCCGGAGAGCGAGGUCCCGGCCCUGAGCGCUGCUGCCCGCUUCCUGGACGUUAUGGAUGUAGUCCGGCUCCUAGCGGGGGAUGAGGACGGCCCGGCGGUGCGUCCCCGACCUGAGGUCAAGCCAGCGGUGGACCCAAAUGGAGAAGAGGUCCAUGAAGCCUCUGACCCCCCGGCAGCCUGCGCUGGGAUCCAAAACCCGGCGCAGGCCGGCGCCCACCGCUGUUCAUUCUGCGGCCGCGCAUUUCGCUACAAGAAGUCCCUGGAGAACCAUUUAGCCCGGAGCCACAGUGACACCUCCCAGGUGGACCCCAGAAGGACGGAGGAGGUGGUCAGCCCUGAGGUGGUUACAACGAGCCGGAGAUCCGCUCGCAGGCGGAGAGCUCCCGCCAAACUGGAGAGGGACGUCACUGGGACGAACAAGGGGAAGUCACAUCACCACCUGGCGGGGGGGGGCCCGAACGCCGCAGAGGAAGACCAUGACGAAGAAGAAGAGGGUAACCCUAAGCCCACAACCGACAAGGGAAAUGCGCUCGCCCAAACCGAGAGGGAGGAUGAGGAGGGGGAGGAGGACGAGCAGGGGGGUGGGUUGAUGCGAGGCGCAGGAGAGAACCCGGAGAGCUCAGAGUUGGAGACCGCGGAACCACAGGCAGCCGAUGAGGUGGAGGUGUGCUGUCAGGCAGCCAGUGAGGUGGAGGUGUGCUGUCAGCAAGCCAAUGAGGUGGAGGAUGGCUGUCAGGCAGCCAAUGAGGUGGUGUGCAGUCAGUCAGCCGAUGGCUCUCAACAUGUGUCAGUCUACCCAGAGGAACUGGUUCCAGUCAUCGUCCAGAGCUCCAGUAAGAAGACUCUCAAGUGCCCCAAGUGUGACAAGACCUUUGACCGAAUAGGGAAGUACGAGAGCCACACCACGGUGCACACGGGAGAGAAACCCUUCCAGUGCGAUGUCUGCCUGCAGUGUUACUCCACCAAGUCCAACCUCACUGUGCACAAGAAGAAGCACGCCGGCGACGCCCCCUUCCAGGUGAAGGACCACAAGUGUCCCUUCUGCAGCAAACUGCACGCCAGCAAGAAGACGCUCGCAAAGCAUGUCCGGAGGUUCCACCCAGACCACAUUCAGGAGUUCCUCGCCAUGAGGAAGAAGAAGAGUGACGGAUGGAAGUGUGACAUCUGCCAUAAAUCUUUCACGCGAAGGCCGCAUCUGGAGGAGCACAUGAUCCUUCACACGCAGAACCGGCCCUUCAAAUGCACCUUCUGCGACGACCACUUCAAGUCCAGGUUUGCCCGGUUGAAGCACCAAGAAAAGUACCAUUUAGGUCCAUUCCCGUGUGACAUCUGUGGACGCCAGUUCAACGACACGGGUAACAGAAAGAGGCACAUUGAAUGUACACACGGGGGUAAGAGAAAAUGGACCUGCUUCAUCUGUGGCAAGUCAGUGAGAGAGAGGACAACGUUAAAGGAGCAUAUGCGCAUUCACAGUGGAGAGAAGCCUCACCUCUGCAGUAUUUGUGGGCAAAGUUUUCGCCACGGCAGCUCUUACAGGCUUCACCUCCGGGUUCAUCACGACGACAAGCGCUACGAAUGCGAUGAAUGUGGAAAGACGUUCAUACGCCAUGAUCACCUGACCAAACACCAGAAAAUACACUCGGGCGAGAAAGCCCACCAGUGUGAGGAAUGUGGGAAAUGCUUCAGACGCCAUGAUCACCUGACCGUCCAUUACAAAAGUGUCCACCUGGGAGAGAAAGUGUGGCAGAAGUACAAAACAGCAGUGCAUCAGUGUGAGGUUUGUAAGAAGGAGUUCAAAGGGAAGUCCAGUCUGGAGAUGCACUUCCGAACGCACUCGGGAGAGAAACCCUACCGAUGCCCCGUGUGCCAGCAGACGUUCCGCAUCAAGAAGACCCUCACCAAGCACAUGGUGAUCCACUCGGAUGCCCGGCCCUUCAACUGCCCCCACUGCAGCGCCACCUUUAAGAGGAAGGACAAGCUGAAGUACCACACGGACCACGUGCACAGCGCCAAGUACGCCGAGCCGCCGCGGGCCGCCGCGACCGAGGACAAGGCGGCGGCUCUGGCCUACCACGACGACGGCUCCUCGGAGGUGUACCGGGCAGAGCCCAAGGCCGUUCGCCGUAACGUCGCCGCGGACGCGUGCGCGCCGGUCGCCCUGGUGCCCGUCCAGAUGCCCGGGGGGGACCGCGGUGGCCGGUCAACCCAGGCACAAACGCGCGGCGUCCUGCCCGUGCCUGCCCCGCCCCGGGGCCAGGGGCAGCAGCAGCCGUCCGGGGCGUACCACACGGCCGCCGAGCUGGCGUUCCUGGAGAAGUACACGCUCACCCCGCAGCCAGCCAACAUAGUGCACCCGGUUCGGCCCGACCAGCUGCUGGACCCGAGGGAUCAGUCGUACCUGGGUACCUUGCUGGGCCUGGACCCGGCCACCCCCGUACGGAACGUCUCCGAUUCGGACCGCGGGGCCCGGUGAAUAAGGGCUAAUGCGGGUAGUGCGUUUGUCGUGGCCUUCUUUCGUCCCGAGAGAGAGAGAGCGCUCAGACGUGCUCGGCGCGGAACGGAUUUCAUUGUUGGUCGCGUCGAAUGCAGGCUGUUGUUGGUGCCUCCGUUUGUCAUGUUUCUAUCGGCAACCGCCCGAAGAUGCACAGGGUUGACUGUGUCCUAGGUCUUUUAUCACAAGCUUUUUUUAUGCUUCUCUUAAAAUCACAAGAUCUUAUUCUGCGAAAUGAUUGUGAGUGAGCAAUAUUGUGACUAGAGCCUGAUUGUCCACAUUGAUAAGAGACAAAGAUUCACGAUCAGCUUCCACUCCCCCAAUUCUAACCGUGCCCAGUAAUUGGGGAAAUGCCAAACCGAUCUAAGAUCAGUGUCUAGGGUGAAUACUCACAUUCUAGAAGGGUGUUUUUGAUCAAUGUAUCAUGAGGUCAACUGGCAAGCUCAGUGUUCUGAAUAUAAUGUGUAUUUUGAGUACUACCUCUGUCUUCCAGAUGCAUUGUUCACCAAGUUCCUAGAAACUGAUCCUAAUCAAAAAGGAAAACUGAUGCGGAAACUGAUCCUAGCACUUCUACUCUGAUGGGCUUCACUCAUCUGGAGAGCUUCAGGCCGAUGGAAGGCUCAGACUGAAUGGUGCCUUAUAAGGGAACAUGAUGUCAUAAAUGUGAAAUAAACUCUCAAUGUUCACCCUGCACCACUUCACCUCUGAACAAAGAAAAAGUGCGAAAAGCAAAUUAUUAGUGUUGCACAGUAACAAAACAUUAAUUUAUUGUUAUUUAUUGUUAACAUAAUUUAUUGACCAUGUUAACAUUUAUUGACAGAAUGUUUCUACAUAAAGUACCAGUCAAAAGGUUGGACACCGUAUUCAAGGGUAUUUUUUAUUUGUACUUUUUUUUCACAUUGUAGAAUA